AUGGGCGUGGAGGUCGAGACCAUCUCUCCGGGAGACGGAAGGACAUUUCCAAAGAAAGGUCAGACGUGUGUGGUUCAUUAUACAGGGAUGUUACAGAAUGGAAAGAAGUUUGAUUCUUCCCGAGACCGAAACAAGCCUUUCAAGUUCAAGAUCGGCAGACAAGAAGUCAUUAAAGGCUUCGAAGAAGGGGCUGCACAGAUGAGCCUGGGACAACGAGCAAAGCUGACUUGCACACCGGACAUGGCAUAUGGAGCCACAGGCCAUCCUGGAGUCAUCCCCCCAAACGCUACUCUCAUUUUUGACGUGGAGCUGCUUAGGAUAGAGUAACUCAGAGCAAGUGACUAAAGGCACCUGUUGAUAACAUCCCAUUCUCUUCCCCCUUUCCUUUAAUGGGAAGCAUCUCCACUGGAAUUUCUGUCACUCCCGCUGUCAUGCCAACA